AACCACCCAAAGACAGUAUAGCCUUUACCGACGCGGAGCCCACAGGUUUGUACUCGGCUGGAGCCGCGCUUUAGGCAACGGGAUCCACGCCUGUGCCACACUGUGUCGACGAGCGACUCGAGAGCUUCCCAACGAGCCCUCAAUCGCCCGAAUUGGUGAAGUGGUGCGGAUAGUGGGUUGUAGCGGGGUUGAAAAACAUCAUACAUACAUGCAUGCAAAAGGGUCGGGCCAUCGUUGUAGCUCUUGACGGGGCUUGGUGCUCGUUUCUUGGGUCGAGGGCUGCUCCGAGACCAGCACCAGCAAGUUGGUGCUGCUUGUACCGACUCAUCUGUUGAAUCUUGUUUGUUACAGGGAUAAUUGGGGGCAUUAGAAGCAUUGAUUUUUUGGUGAUUUAGGGGAAGUCAUUGGCUUCCUGGUUCUUUUCCGUCACAUACUGUGAAUUACGGCCUUGAGACGGGAUACUUUGAAAGUAGUUCAAUGAGAAGCAUGAAUGGAGCACGCUCACGAUGACACUGCACUUAACGUUGCGUCUGUCGUUUAAGCUUUUUUGGCGAAGUUUCUAUACCUAUCUAUCUACAUAUAUACCUGACAACAAUUGCAAGAAGCCGUUUGCCUGAAGAUAACGGCCUUGCGACAUUGCAAGUCCUGAAGCUAUGAGAUUGUAGGGAUUUCAGUGUGCGUUGCAAUGUACUUAGUGCUACGCUGGGAAGCAUGAUACGUUGAAGGAGGGGGAUUAUUAAACGUUCUCUUAAAUAUGCUAGAUCAAGCUAGGUGAUACUCUUCUUGUGGAUGUAGUUGGGGUCGCAAUUUCGGCUGCAGUUUUUGAUCAAUCAUGGACGAUUUUUAACGAGUCUUCAAAAUACAUGGUUGAUGAUUGGGAGAGCAUUGAACAUAGGAUGCAAUGACGGCUAUAGAGGGAACUACCACCGGUGGGGCAUUUACUGGAGCUACAUUGGCUGAAAAGCUGACUAAACUGAAUAUUUCGCAGCAGAGCAUUGAAACACUCUCACAUUGGUGUAUAUUUCACCGUAAGAAGGCCAGAGAAAUCGUGGAGACAUGGGCGAAGAAGUUUCACGAUGCACCAAGGGAGCAGCGUGUGCCAUUUCUUUACUUGGCCAAUGACAUUUUGCAGAACAGCAGGCGCAAGGGUCCUGAAUUUGUGAACGAGUUUUGGACUGUGCUGCCUUGGGUUCUUCGGGACGUUGUUGACACUGGAGAUACUUCUGUCAAGAAAGUGGCCUACCGUUUGGUAGAUAUUUGGGAGGAAAGAAGGGUCUUUGGAUCUCGUGCUCAAGGUCUUCGUGAAGAACUCUUGGGCAAAAGACCUCUAUUGUCUGCGAAUGAAUCAAAGCAUUUUACCCUUCCUUCGUAUCAGAUGUUUGAAGGGAGCAUGCUGGAACGAGUGGCAAGGUCCUUUCAUGCAGUUCGCGAAAAAACUGCAGAUGAAUAUGGGGCUUUGUCAAAAUAUUCUGCGGCUAUGUCGCACGUCGAAACCCUGGAGAAAGAGGUUGGGGUUAUCGCUGGAAAUGCAAGCCCAAGUAUACAGAUGUCCAUAGCCGAUGAGCUGCUGGAGCAACAAGCAGUCAUCAGGCAGUGCGUAGAACAGCUUGAAGGAUGUGAAGUGAGCCAUGAAAUGCUCUGCUCCCACUUGAAGGAUGCUUUGUUUGAACAGGAAAACAAAUUGGAGCAAGUCAGGACGCAUCUUCAGAUAGCUCAAGCUCAACUGCAACAAGCUGGAAGCAUUCGUCACCAUUUGAACAGCCGAAACGGAAGCCCUGAAUCGACAGUUAAGUUUCUUAGUGUGAAAGCCCCUUUCAAUGGAUUUGAAAGAGAUUGCGAAAUAGAUCACCUGAACGAGAGCCAGGUGCCAGCGCGAAGUAAAGACGAUGGUCGAGUGAGUGCUUCGCCCAGUCCAUCCGGCUCUGAAGACAUGGUUGCUACUACUAAUACUUUCAAUGAGGCAGCAGAUAUUCAUCACAUCAGCCCUAAGCCCAUUUCGUCUGCGGCAAAGGUGGCUGCUGCCGAGGUUGCAGCCAAGCUGACAGCCAGUCCUUCCUCAUCGGCUAUGUUAACGUCAGCGUUGUCUUCACUGGCCGCAGAAGAAGCAUCAAAUCAAGGUCCAGUGUUAUCUCCCAACAACGGCUCAGAUGGAGCAUUCCCCCCGUUAGAGAAGAAGCCAAGGCUAGAUACAAAUGCUACUGAUUUCUCUUCAUAUCCACUCCCACCACCUAAGCCUCAAUACUUGAGUAGCUCUGGCACUAUUUUGCCUUUCGCAUACCAAUCCGUAAUUCCGCCACCACCACCUCCCCUUCAAGGUCGUAUGAUGAUCAACCAGCAUUCUAUGGGUAUGCCUCCACAGCCUAUUUCUCCUGGGUGUGUUCCAGCUUAUCAGCCCUUCCAACAGCCCUAUUACAGCCAGCCGCCACUGCCUGCUCCACCUGCCCCUAGACAGUGAGUCCGGAGCUCGGUCUCAUGUCAUCCUCUCUGCCUCUGAAUAGAUAUGGUUUGAUUCGCAUUAAGGAUCACUGGACAGGAGCGUUUUGUUGUUUUACCACUUUGCCACAGGCUUGCGGAAUUCAUGGUACUAGAUAGCCAUUGUUACAAUACUUUUUUCUAUGUAUCAUACAACUUGCAUCCGGCAUGUUGCUUAGCCA